AGGCACCAUCCGUUACCUCAAAAGUUCACCACAACUAGUGCAUUGCAUCCCUAACCCUAAGCGAGCAGCAGCCAGGUAGCAGACACCGGCAGCCAUGGAGAGCACUCGCGUGCUACCGAGUGCCAACCAUCGCAUGCCAUGCAGCCUCCAAACCUUUCCGCGACGCAACGUUCUCCGUGCCCUUCACCGCCGCAAGGACGCAAGGCAGCCACGUCGUAUCUCAAUCUCAUGCGAGGCGACCGGCGGCGGUCGCGUCGACCGCCGUGAGGUGCUCCUCGGCCUCGGCGGCGCCGCAGCUGCGGGGCUGGCCACGGACCAAGGUCGAGGCGCGAUCGCCGCGCCCAUCCAGGCCCCGGACCUCCGCAACUGCCAAACGCCCGACCUCCCGAACACGCCGCCGGACACCAACUGCUGCCCGACGCCCGGCACCGGCAUCACCGACUUUGAGCUGCCGCCCGCUUCCUCGCCGCUCCGCGUGCGUCCGGCAGCGCACCUGGUGGACGCGGAGUACCUGGCCAAGUACGAGAGGGCCGUGGCGCUCAUGAAGCAGCUGCCUGCCGAUGACCCGCGCAGCUUCGAGCAGCAGUGGCACGUGCACUGCGCCUACUGCGACGCCGCCUUCGACCAGGUCGGGUUCCCGGACCUUGAGAUCCAGGUGCACAACUGCUGGCUCUUCUUCCCAUGGCACAGGUUCUACGUCUACUUCCACGAGAGGAUCCUCGGCAAGCUCAUCGGCGACGACACCUUCGCGCUGCCCUUCUGGAACUGGGACGCGCCGGCCGGCAUGACGCUGCCGGCGAUCUACGCCAACAGGUCGUCGCCGCUCUACGACGAGAGGCGCGACCCCGCCCACCAGCCGCCGGUGCUGACCGACCUUGACUCCAGUGGGACCGACGCCAAUAUCCCAAGAGACCAGCAGAUCGAUCAGAACCUCAAGAUCAUGUACCGCCAGAUGAUUUCGGACGCGAAGAAGACGCUGCUGUUCCUGGGACAGCCGUACCGCGCCGGCGACCAGCCGGACCCGGGCGCGGGCUCCCUGGAGAACGUGCCGCACGGCACGGUCCACGUCUGGACUGGCGACCCGGCGCAGCCGAACUUGGAGGACAUGGGCAACUUCUUCUCGGCGGCGCGCGACCCCAUCUUCUUCGCGCACCACGGCAACAUCGACCGCCUGUGGCACGUCUGGCGCCGCCUCCGCCCGAGCAACACCGACUUCACCGACCCCGACUGGCUCGACGCCGCCUUCCUCUUCUACGACGAGGAGGCCCGCCCCGUGCGCGUGCGCGUCCGGGACUGCCUCGACCCGGCCGCGCUGCGGUACACGUACCAGGACGUCGGCCUGCCGUGGCUCAACGCCAGGCCGGCCAAGGCGUCCGGCGGGACGCCGGCGCCCGCCACAACCGGUACCCUCCCUGCCACCCUGGACAGGACCAUACGGGUGACGGUGACGAGGCCCAGAGUGUCCAGGAGCCGCCGGGAGAAGGAGGAGGAGGAGGAGGUGCUGGUCGUGGAGGGGAUCGAGAUCGCCGACCAUUUCAACAAGUUCGUCAAGUUCGACGUGUUGGUGAACGAGCCCGAGGGCGGAGUGGGCAGCACGCCGGCGACGGCGACGGGGUACUGCGCUGGGAGCUUCGCGCAUACGCCGCACAUGGUCCGGCCCGAGGAGAUGAGGAAGGGACCGGUCAAGACGGUGGCGAGGUUCGGCGUGUGCGACCUGAUGGACGACAUCGGGGCGGACGACGACCAGACGGUGGUGGUGUCGCUCGUACCCAGGUGCGGCGGUGAGCUGGUCACCGUUGGCGGCGUCAGCAUCAGCUACCUCAAGUGAAGUUACCUAAUGUGGUCCGCUCUCGCGUCGGUGGCUCGCCGUGGUAUAGAAUCUAUGUAAUGGUGAUGGUGAUGAAUUAUAAAUAGGGGUCUGCUAAUUCUCAGUCGACUGAGAAUUAGUGAAAUCUCAGUCGACAGGAUUAACCAUACGAUUCGAUUGACCUGUAUUUAUCGCUGAUGUAUUUUUGUUUUUCAAAACCUAUUGGGCUUUCUCUAUUUGAGCGGCUGGCGGCUGCAUGGGCUGUGGGCUACGGCUUGUGGUCCUUCUCAUUUUCCCUUUUCUGUUUUUUUUAUUUUCUUAAUAGAUAUCCCACGUAAAUAUAUUGUAUUUUUUGUUUUUCUGUUAGGUUUGUGUGUAUACAAAGAAGAUACGUGUACUUAUCUAGCUUUUUUUCUACUUUAUUAUUUAUUUUCUAUUUUCUCA